GUGCACAAAAUCCAUGGAUUUAAUAUUCACAAAAUUGUAUAUAUGAUAGUUGUGGCAAAUAAAAUUGAUCAUCAUUCAUCUGAAAUGAAAAACUGUUAAACUAUGCAUUUGAAUGAACCAUGAUUUGAAUUAUGAAAAAGGAUUGAAUACCAUCCGAUUUUUAAAUGGAAAAAAUCACCCUAUAAUAUACGUAGAAGAUGAAAUUGAAAAACAAUAAAUCUACAUACAGAUACAGAUGUUUGGUCGCUUUCUGAAACCAUUUUUUCUCGUUUGACCAAAUUAUCGUAUUAUAAUAUUUAUUUCUUAUAAUAAUUGAUUGAUUGAUGCCAAAUGAAUGAUUAUUUUGAAAAAUUAAAAUAAUAAUAAUCGAAAACAAUGUUUGAUUCAGGCAGCUCAAAAAAAUCUGCCGAUCGUGAUAAAUUUCUUGAGGCUACUAGACAAGCUCGUGAAGAACGAGAACGAGAUCGCCGAUUGAAUGGCGCAGCUACUAAAAUUCAGGCUGCAUUUCGCUCAUACCAUUCUCGUGAUCGAUUCAUUCAAAAAGUCUACAAAGAAUUAGAUCAAAUGUUGAAAACCAAUGACAAUGAUAAAGACGAAAAUAAAGAUGAUGAAUCAUCAUCUCAACGAUCGAAAAACAAAAUCAAAUCUUUAGAAUUAUUCUAUAUUCUAAAGAAACUAUUGUUUGUCAUUCGAAGUAAAACAAUAAAAAAUCAACUAGUGAAAUCGAGUGAAAAUCCAGUCAUAGAUCUUUCUGAUCCAAGUUAUCAUUAUUUUGAAAAUAUUUGCAAACAAACAUUUUUAACGUCACUCUUUUCAUCUGAUCCACAAUAUUCAUAUGUUGGUAUAUUGAUUCUUCAUCCGGAAUUGACGACGGAUUGGAAACAGCAAAUCAUUUAUAUUGCAACGACGGCUUGUUCAUUCCUAAAACAAUUGAAACCUGAACAACCGAAUCAUCAAGGAUCGAUUGUAAUCUUUUUAAACAUUCUAGUUUCAUUCACUUCCACUUCUUCGUGGCUAAUUUUACGACAAAAUGAUUAUGAUCAAUAUCGAAUAUUGGGUGAGAAAAUUUGCCACCAAGUAAUCAAUGAAUUAGUAUCGCAUAAUCUUUUUGAAUGUCUAAACGAUUUGUUAAUGAAGGGCCUGACAAGAACGAAACCAUCGUUGAAAAAACUUUCAUUAACAGCCAUAAUAACCAUAUCAAUACGUCCAUUGCAGAAUAGUUCAUAUUCAGACCAAAAUAUAAGAAAAUUUCUAUUGUACAUUUUUUCUUUACCUGCCUUGAUUUAUCAUCUGAAUAUUUUAGCACCCGAAGCCAUACAGAUCUUAUAUCGUGAACCGAUAUUGAAACGUUCUAUAGAAUUACUUAGUGUGGAAGAACAUUCACGUGAAUUAUUCGCCCAACUUGAAGGCAACUAUACCCUUUGCUUAUUGGCUAAUCAUGUUAACUUGGCAUUCAUCUCAUUUAAAUCUAUUCAAACAUCUAUGAUCGAAUUUGUGUGUAUAAUUAAAAAAAUGUUGGACAGCUGUCAAAAAUAUGUAAUAAGCAAGCAAUCAAGUACAACACAUUGGCAUCCAGUAUUGGGAUGGUUUUCGCAAAACGUCGAUCAAAAAUUGCAUGAAUCUAUGAUUCAUGUGAAAAGUCAAUUGCAAUAUCUAUGGAAUCCACAAAUGAUUGAGAUUAUAUUCACAUCAUUAUUCAAACUUGUCUCACUUCAGCAAAAGAAUUGUAGUGAAAAAACAAUUACUCCAAUUGUAUCGAAUAAUAAUAAUGGCUCAUUAUCUAAUGAUUCGCUAUCUACAAAUACUGCAACUUCUUCGACAACUUUUUCUUCAUUAUCGACAUCUUCCUCAUUUUCAUGGCGUAAAGGUUUCUUAGGCCGAGCGUUAGAAAAAGCGGCCACUUCCUUGGCUGUUCGUUCCAGUUCAUCAUCUGGUUUUUCAUCAUACAAUUGGAAUCCAGUUUAUAGAUUGGGGACGCCGGAAACUUCUUUAGUCGCUUUAUAUUGUUCGCUUUAUGUUACUGCUUUAAAUACAUUAAGUCAAAUGAAACAUGAUAUAUUGGCCGGAUUAUCCUACAAAGAAUUGAUUCUUCCUCAUCUUUGGCGUUUUAUAACAAUGAUUGGACCAAGUAAUCCGUGUAGAGCCUUUUUGGAUUAUCUUAGCUUACACUCGAAAAGUUGUGCACCAGAAUUUCAAAUAUUGAUAAUUUUCUGUGAAUGUGCUACCCAUCUUAUUACGAUUUUGGACGAUAUUGAACUUUAUGAGAAUCAAAAACCAUUUAGAUUAGAUGAUUUGAUUUUGAUUUCAUAUUUUCUCAAUAAUUUUGUAUUUAAAAUUCUGUGGCAUAAUCUCAUUGAUAUUCAAAAUAUGUCAUCAAAUACCUUGCUAAACUCGACUCAUUCACUUUUGAUGUUGCUGUAUAAACGAGAUUGUCGCCGACCAUUUACUCCUCCUGAUCAUUGGCUUAUCAAGUUAGUAUCUUUCAGCAAUAUUUUGACAGUAGUAUUAAUCACCAUUUCCUACAGGGAACUUCGAGUUUCAUCAUUCAUGAAAGACCUGGAACAUGGCAAGAAAUCGGCUCAGACAAUAUUGCAGAAAAUACCGCACAUAAUUCCUCAUAAAGAACGUGUGGUUCUGUUUCGAAAAUACAUAGCGAAUGAUAAACAAAUGUUGCAAAUGUAUCCAGCUACCUGUAUAAUUAAUUCUCCUUUGAUCACUAUUCAUCGUUCUAGAAUCGUCGAAGAUGGUUACCAGCAAUUAAAUUCCGUUCCUAGUCAAGCAUUGAAAGGUAUCAUUCGAGUUCGAUUCAUCAAUGAACAAGGAUUGGACGAGGCCGGUAUCGAUCAACAUGGAGUGUUCAAAGAAUUUCUAGAGGACACCAUAAAACACGUUUUUGAUCCUGGUUUAAACUUAUUUCGAAUCACUAGUGAACAACGUCUCUAUCCAUCACCCACAUCAUACAUUCAUGAAAAUCAUUUAUCAUUGUUUGAAUUUGUUGGAAAAAUGUUGGGCAAAGCUGUUUAUGAAGGAAUAGUUGUCGAUGUUCCAUUCGCUUCUUUCUUUUUGAGCCAGGUCCUUGGACAACAACAAAGUGCACUAUAUUCAUCAAUUGACGAGCUACCUUCAUUAGAUCCUGAAUUGUACAAAAGUCUCACUUAUCUCAAACAUUAUGAUGAUGGAGACAUCUCCCAACUGGAUCUGACAUUUUCCGUCGAUGAAGAUUGUAUGGGAGAGAUUGUCACUCAUGAAUUGUUACAUGGUGGCAAAGCUAUUCCGGUUACAAAAGAAACUCGCAUUAACUAUAUUCAUUUGAUGGCUCAUUUUCGCAUGCACACACAAAUCCAUGAACAAACAGCAGCAUUCAUCCGUGGAUUCCGAUCGAUUAUCAAUCUCGAUUGGCUUUCUAUGUUUUCGACACCAGAAUUUCAGCGAAUCAUUUCGGGUGAUAAUACUCCAAUAGAUCUCGAAGAUUUACGCAAACAUACAAAAUAUUUUGGCGGUUUCCAUCCUAAUCAUCGUGUAAUUUGUUGGCUCUGGGAUAUAUUACAAAAUGAUUUUUUACCCAAUGAACAUCGAUUAUUUUUGAAAUUUGUCACAUCAUGUUCAAAGCCACCACUAUUGGGUUUCGCUCAUCUAGAACCACCAUUCUCUAUACGAUGUGUGGAGGUAAGCGAUGAUCAAGAUACUGGUGAUACACUUGGUUCGGUUCUUAGAGGAUUCUUUUCGAUUGGCCGAAAAGAUCCAGUUAGUAGGUUACCAACAAGUUCAACGUGCUUCAAUCUAUUAAAAUUGCCAAACUAUCAAAGGAAAAAUACUUUGAAAGAGAAACUACGUUAUGCAAUCUAUUCAAACACAGGUUUUGAACUUUCUUGAAUAUUCAUAACGAAUUCAUUUUUUACCGUUUAUGUUUGUCUUUCAAAGUGAACAUGAGUAUAAAACACCUGUUGGAUUGAUUGCUGAAUGAUUUUUUUUAUACAAAUUGCACUGUUAUGCUUAUAAAUAAAAAAAACUUAUAUC